AUGCAACAACGAUUGUUUUUGUUCGCUUUUCUUCUUCUUCUUUGUUGUCAAUUAAUUAAAUCUUCUACGAUACCAAUUAUAGGUAAACAUGUGCGUCUUAUGUUUUAUUAUACUAAUCAAUCUGGCAAUAUUGAAAAUAUAGAAGUUAAUACUCGUGGAUAUUCAAGAAAAAACGUAGGUUUCUGGUAUAAUUUUAAAGGAGAUGUCAUAAAUGGCGAUGUACUUGAUGUUAAACUCGCUGAGUGUGUUAAUUAUUUGCCAUACAAUGUACCAUGUAUAAGAAAUACAACUUUGAAUUUUAUUCUUGACGACUUAAUACCUUACCGUAAUUAUGUGUUAAAAAUAAUAUCUCCAACUGCUCGUAUCAUAUCUAUCAUUCGUGAUUUAGUUUCAAUAAAAUCACCUGAUCAAAAAAAAUUUAAUUUAACAUGUGAGAUAGUGGAAAGUGUUUCUACUACUACAAGAAAAGGAAAUUCUUAUCCAGAAGAAGCAAUUCCAUCAACACUUGUUGGAAUUAUUUCUCUCAGUGUAUGUGCUGGUCUCAUAUGUAGUAUUUGUACAUUUUGGACUUCAAUUAUGUAUUAUCGAAGAUUUAAACAACAAAGAAAAGAUAAAAAACUUCGUUUAGCACUUGAAAAAUCAACUCAACAGAUACUUGAUAAAUCACCAAUUAUUAUAUAUGAUCCAGAUAAUAAAGAUAAUGUAUUCUCUGAUGAUAGUCCAAUGUGUGCUAUUUGCUUAGAAUCAUUUGAAAAUAAUGAAAAACUUCGUAAACUGGUUUGUUCACAUUAUUAUCAUCUAACAUGUAUUGAUCCAUGGUUAUUAGCCCAUCAAAGUUGUCCACUAUGUAAUCGAAAUAUUUUACGAAAUUCAAUUCCUUCAAUAUCAUCAUCUAUUAUGGAUAGAUUCAAUGAAGGAAAUAGUGUUCAAACAAUAUCAACUGUUGAUAAUCAUACUACUCAAGCUCAAACUUCAAACUUAUGA